AUGGAGUUAUUAGUGGCAGCCAUUAGUGUCAGCGUCCUGUUCAAUGUGAUUGAUGGUCAGCAGACAUGUGCCGGACGACGAUGUGGAGAGUGUGUCAUUAGUGGCACAAAUUGUUAUUGGUGUGCUCAAGAGGGAUUCAAUGCAAGUCGAUGUGGAACUAUGGAGGAGCUCCAACGACACAACUGCACCAUUAUCGAAAAAAGAGGAGAACAGAGAAUUGAAUAUAUCAAGAAUGAAGCUGUGCAGAAUCGUGCUGAGGAUGGUUCGACUAAUGCUAUUCAGCUUCAGCCACAACACGUUAAAGUUUACCUUAAUCCUAAUGAUAAGAUAUUUAAAUGGAACAUCACAUACCGUGUAGCAAAAAACUAUCCUGUAGAUCUGUACUUCCUGGCUGAUCCAUCGGACACAAUGACCCGAUUCCGAGAUGCACUAGCGUUGCUAGCAGGAGAUAUAGGUAGAGCAGUUGGGGAAAUGACAGAGGAUUACAGGUUUGGUUAUGGAACAACAAUGGAGAAAGUAGUGUUACCAUUUACCCACACCUCCCCAGACGUUGUGGAGAAUCCUUGUUCCAUCCAAGAAAAAACUUGUGCUGCACCUUAUUCCUUCAAACACUCUAUGAAACUGGCAAAGGACAUCCCUGAGUUUAUUAGACAAGUCGAUGCCACAGAAAGCAGUGCCAACUACGACACACCUGAAGGAGGAUUUGAUGGCUUGAUGCAAGUCAUGGUUUGCACGGAACUGAUUGGUUGGAGGAAUCGUUCAAGACGUUUACUCAUUUAUGCUACAGACAGCGAUUACCAUUUUGCUGGAGAUGGACGGCUAGCUGGGAUAGUGACACCUAAUGACGGGAAAUGUCACACAAAUUCUGAAACAAAUAUGUACACAAAAUCCCUGGAACAGGAUUACCCAUCUGUCGGCCAGAUCAAAGAAAAAGUGAAAGAAAACAAGAUCAUCCUGCUUUUUACUGUGGGAUCUGCCGCUAUCAAUGCCUACCAAAAGGUUGUAGAGGAAAUUGGACAACUGUCAAGUGCCCAGAAACUUGACCUUAGAGACUCAUCCAACAUAACACGGAUCAUACAGGACACAUACAGGGCCAUCAGAGAGAAUGUCAAGAUUCUGGUUGAGAAGAAAGAUGACAUUAGAUAUUUUCUGAGGUCAAACUGUGGGUCAGGGGCUGACAUCUUACAGAAGCAGAGCCAAUGUGACAGGGUUGGAGUAGAAAAACCGAUAAGGUUUGAGAUGAAUAUGCAGUAUAAAGGCACAGAAUGUCCUAACGACCCCGAAAAAUGGAAGGAUACUUUCAAAAUCAACCCAGAAGGUCUGAAGGCUGAACUAAAUGUGGAUGUAGCCUAUAACUGCCAAUGUGAUUGUCAGCUUCCAGGCGUAGCGGAGCAGAAUAGUAGCAAGUGUAAUGGAUUUGGGACAUUCGAGUGUGGGGUGUGUACAUGCUAUGAAGGCUGGUCUGGAGAUAACUGUUCAUGUGACGAACGACAGACUGACAUAGAGGCAUGCUCACCCAGUGGUGGAAACACAACACUAGACACAAGAAUCUGUAGUGGGCGUGGGGGAUGUGUCUGUGGGCAGUGCCAGUGUGAUCAACCAGAAUACAGUGGAGAUUUCUGUGAGUGUAACAGGAAAAAGUGUGGCGAUCUAAGCAACCCUUGUUCAGGUAAUGGUGAAUGUGAUUGUGAAGAAUGUCACUGUAAUGAAGGGUUUACAGGGAAGCUGUGUGAUUGUACCCUGUCUACCACCAGCUGUGAGUAUAAUGGGACAGUUUGCUCUGACCAUGGUGAGUGUGUAUGUGGAGAGUGCCGUUGUAAUUCUUCAUAUAGUGGAGUCAUGUGUGAGCAGUGUCAGACUUGUACUGAGGGCCUCUGUGAAUCAAACAGAGCUUGUGCCAUGUGUACACUGAAGAAGGAUGGAAAAUCUGGUGACAUGUCUCAGGAGGAAUGUGAACAAAACUGCCAACAUGUCACACUGGUCAGUGACCUAGACUCUGUGAGAAGAAAUGAUUCCCAGACAUGUAAAUUCAAAGGAUCUGAUAACUGUUUGAUGUCGUUUAUUCUUCAUAAUCUGGAUGGUGAACGGGUGGUGUUUGUCAAAGAUACUACAGCAUGUCCACCCAAGCCAGCUAAUGUCCUGAUCCUUGCCAUCAGUAUCUCAGCAGCGGUAUUUCUCGUGGCUCUCAUUCUCCUCAUACUAUGGAGACUGUUUGCAUACUUCUAUGACGGCAUUGAAUACUCAAAGUUUGAAGAAGAAAUUAAAAAUCCAAAAUGGGGCUUUGAUGAUAACCCUCUGUUUGUGAGUCCAACAUCUCGGUAUGAAAACCCAAUGUGUGAUAAACCAGCAGACGAAGGAUUCUAA